GGUCAUAGCACCAGACAUGCGAGGGUACGGACAGUCCACGAAGCCGUCCAAUGUUGAGGAGUACCAGAUGUCGUACCUGAUCGAUGAUGUCAGAGGACUCCUGCAGUCGUUGGGGAGGAAGAAGGUCAUCCUCAUUGGCCACGACUGGGGUGCCGUGGUGUCGUGGUGCUUCGCCAACAAGUACCCGCAGAUGGUGGACAGGCUGGUCGCUAUCAACGGAGGCCACCCGGAUGCAAUGAGGCAACUGCUGCAGACCAGCCUCACGCAGAUGCUCAAGUCGCGCUACAUGGUCGCCUACCAGUGUCCCCGCAUACCGGAGGCAUGGCUGACCAUGAACGACUUCGCCAAACUGACGAGCCUGUGCCAAAGCGGUGACGGCGCACAGGGAACCUCCGUGCUCCAGUACACCUUCUCGAAGCCAGGUGCUGUGACGGCGGCAGUCAACUACUACCGUGCUACCUUCUGCGAGGAGCGGCAGCUGAGGAACACGCGCUACCGCCGCCUUGACGUCCCCACGCUCGUGCUCUGGGGUUCCCGAGACCCGUACCUGACGCCGCAAGUGGCUGAACUGAGCAGGCGUCAUUCGCCUGAAGCGCUUGUGCGCGUCUUGCGUGAAUGUGGGCACUGGCUUCACCAGGAAAACGCACCGGUCGUCAACGAAGCCAUUGAAGCGUUUCUAGCCGCCGGAGCCCCGGCCGACACGGUCGAAAAAGCUGGACUCAGACGCUGCCGGUCAUCGCUGUGACCGAAACAACAGCCUGGCCAGAUAAUGUUGUCCUCAUUUGAAACCGAGGGCUUUGUCCUCGAUCGAACGCUUUGGACCGUUCAUGACGUAAGCCCCA